AUGUCUCGCUCAAUCUACCUAGGUGCCGAUGGCAAACUGACCAUCAAGCAAGUCACGGAAGACUACACACCCCAGAAACUUCAAGCUCUCAUCUCGGUCAAGUACUCCGGCAUCAACCCCUGCGAUCUCAACUUCUUCCACGUAGGCCUCAAUUCCUUCGUCACCGGCUUCGAGUUCGCCGGCAUCGUCGAGGCAGUCGGAUCUGAAUCGACCUUGCAAGCUGGCGACGCUGUCCUCGGGAUCUCACCUGUCGGGGUUCCCCAAAAGUCCUCGGCCUGCACCCACCAAGACAAGGCCAUCGUCGAAAGCAAUCUCACCUUCAAGCUGCCUCCCGGCCUCGCCCUCAGAGACGCCGGAGGCAUGGCUCUCACGACGCAGACUGCCGCCGAUGCCAUCUUCAACGUUCUUGGUUUCGCCUUCCCCGCCGCGGGCGUCACCGGGACUGAUGGUACCGACAAGCCGAUACUGAUCUGGGGCGGGGCCAGCAGCGUCGGCAUCGCGGCCAUCCAGCUCGCCAAGGCGGCGGGAUUCAAUCCCAUUUUCACGACCGCGUCCGCUAAGAACCACGCCGCGCUUCAGCGGCUCGGGGCUACACAUUGCUUCGACUACAAAAGUCCCGAUGUGAUUGGAGAUAUCCGCGCUGCUGCCAAGGACCUCGGUGCGAGCCUGACUACCGGUUUCGACACCGUUGGCAGCGGCCUUCAUGGCCCCAACGCCGACUCUGAGACGUCUACGCCGACGCUUCUUCGCAGGAGCUUAUCUGAAAGUGCCGAGGAGAAAUCUGUUAAGCUUGUGUGCACGCAACCCGUGGCUCACGAUCCGGCUUUCGGUUUCUGCACGUGCUACAGGCCCGUUGGUAGCGUUGGUGCCAUGGGACAUCCGCAAGACCCUGAAUUCCCGACUUGCGUGCGUAGGGUAAUGGAAUAUUUUCUCGGCUCUCCCGAAAGGGCUCCGAAGCACCCAAAUAUCACUGUUGUUAAGGGUGGCGAAGCCGGCUUACGGGAGAUCCAGAGGGUGGCUUAUGGCGGUGCUUCGUUGGAGAAAGUUGUGAUUGAGCAUCCGAUCUAG